AGAGAACGUCGUUGAACAAAAACUGCAGCAACUCUCAACGGACCAAAAUUAAUUGGAUUUGUAAUGGAGAAAUAAUUGAAACACGCUCGCACUAAAGAAGAAAGAUGUUCUUCAAAUAAUUGCAACUCGAUAAUUUUUUUCGUAAAAAAAUGAAAUCUUUGGUAGUGACUUUUGCGGUGACGUUCAUCGUCAUCCUCUCACUACUGCCCGCACUCGACGGUUACUUGCUCGUCGUGAACGAGAACACGGAACCAGGCACCGUCAUUUUCAAUGCAUCCGUUUACAAACUCGGCUCCGAUCGACAUUACAAGAUAAAUGUCCAUCGAUCGGCGAACUUUGUGCAUCACCUGCUCAAAGUGGACCACAAAGAAGGCACAAUUGUGCUGAAAAAGCGAAUUUACUGCGACGGCAUCUACUAUCCGAAUCUCUUUACGUUCUACGUUGACUCGACCAGUAAUCGGGUACGCAGCAUCGGAUAUUACAGUCUUCCAUUGCGGAUAUUUGUCGCUGGCACGAAUUGCAAUGACGAACGUAGACAAGAACUGAUCGAGGAUCGUCAUAUCGAGGAUGAUGAAUUCGCGGUUGCGGCACGUCAUCGACGAACAGCUGACGAUGAGCUCGACGAGGAACGUUUGUAUGGCGAAUAUCGUGGAAGUUCCUUAGAACAUUAUAUCCCCGAGUUCCCGUGGCUCGUACAUCAUCAUAAUAUCUCACGAACAGACAUCAGUAACUUUGUCGAAGGCGAUGUUUUGUUCGAUACAACGGAAUCCAAUACGGAACGUCAUAAAAUCCUGAACCGAAAAAGACGCGCUUUGGUUGAAUCUUUUGACCAACGAAUGCAUCGCAAAAUUGUCGACGCGAAACAGUGGAUUUCCGAGACUUUUGCUUCUUAUGCCAUUCAUUCAACGGACAAAUGGAACAAAAUUUGCCUGAAAAAAUCGCAGUACAUCAAUAAUUUGAAUAGUUUCAUGCCGAAAUCGAUCAGCCAAUAUUGCAGAGUGAAUUAUUUGGAUCUCAGCGAUGAAAGGUUCGACAUUGAACGGAAAUCGGGAGAUAUGGUUGCCAGCAAGGACAUUUGUAUCACAGAGCCUAUGUGGAAAAUAACCGUUACUUAUAACGUAAAAUGUGACAAUCGCAUUGAUGUAAUAGAUGCCGAUCAUCGCUUGAAAAUCGUCUAUCAUCAUGAGGAAUUUAACGAUACGGAUAUCGCUAAACGUGUCAAAAGGGAGUUGCGGAACCAAAGUCCGUACUUUGAAAAGGCGCUUUAUGUUGCUACAGUAUUGGAAGAACAACCCACAGGAGCUUCCGUGACAACUGUGAAGGCACGUGACCCAGAAGAUUCGCCAGUUGUAUACUCAAUGGUUUCUCUCCUGGAUUCUCGUUCCCAAUCAAUGUUCAAAGUGGAUUCCCGUACUGGCGUCGUCACUACCUCCCUAAGUCUUGAUCGUGAACUCAUGGAUGUCCAUUACUUUAGGGUCGUUGCCACAGACGACUCUUUUCCGCCACGUUCUGGAACCACAACGCUCCAAAUUAACGUCUUGGAUUGCAACGAUCACAGUCCCGUCUUCGAAGCGGAACAAUUUGAGACUUCUGUACGUGAAACUGCGACAAUUUCUACUCCAGUCAUCACUCUUCGUGCUUCCGAUCAAGAUAUGGGCAAAAAUGCCGAUAUCGAAUAUUCGAUUGAGAAAAUUGAAGCUGGAAAUUCCGAAGAAGGAGAACAUCGUGAUCUCUCGACACUUUUUAGAAUUGAUCCAAAAUCAGGAGUUAUUACAACUCGAGGCUUACUUGACAGAGAAGUUUCGGACUCGUAUGUAAUUCAUGUUGUUGCCACUGACUUGGCGUCUCCACAAAGCGAACGAAAGUCAACAAAAACGACAGUUUUGGUAAAAAUCUUGGAUGACAACGACAAUUAUCCGCAAUUCAGUGAACGAACGUACACAGUGCAAGUUAGCGAGGAUCAAUGGGGUGACAAUAACAUUAUUGCCCAUAUUCAAGCGAAAGAUGCUGAUUUGGGUAACAAUGGAGCUAUUCGAUAUGCGAUAAUUGGAGGAAACACAUUGUCACAAUUCACGAUAGACUCGAUGAGUGGCGAUGUAACUCUCGUUAAACCACUUGAUUAUGAAAAUGUGAGAAGUUAUCGCCUUGUAAUUAGAGCUCAGGAUGGCGGAAGUCCUUCGCGCAGUAACACAACGCAACUUUUAGUGAACGUAAUUGAUGCAAACGAUAAUGCUCCGAGAUUUUACACGACCCAAUUUCAAGAAGCCGUGUUGGAAAGUGUUCCUGUCGGUUACAACAUUGUUCGUGUUCAAGCUUAUGACUCCGAUGAAGGACAAAAUUCGGAAAUAACGUACAGCAUACCUGAUCGCAAAGAUAAUUUCCCGCUAGCUGUCGAUCCUCGUACUGGUUGGAUUCACACAACACGUCCCUUGGAUCGAGAAGAGCAAUCGAGAUUCUCAUUCCAAGUCGUUGCCACAGAUGGCGGCGUGCCUCCAAAAUCCUCAAGUACUUCAGUCGUUGUUACAGUUCAAGAUGUCAAUGAUAACGAUCCAAUCUUCAGUCCCAAAUAUUACGAAGCAAUUUUGGCAGAAGAUCAAGCGCCAGGUACUCCAGUAACGUCUGUAACUGCUACUGACUUGGAUGAAGACGCUCGUUUGCAUUAUGAGAUUACUUCGGGUAACACUCGUGGUCGUUUCGCGAUAACAUCCCAAAAUGGCAGAGGACUUAUCACCAUUGCACAACCCCUGGACUUUAAACAAGAGAAACGUUUCUUGCUCUCAAUCACAGCUACAGACUCCGGAGGUCGUUCUGAUACAGCGACAGUCAAUAUAAACAUCACUGAUGCCAAUAAUUUCGCACCCACGUUUGAAAAUGCUCCGUAUUCUGCCUCAGUUAAUGAAGAUGCUCCUUUAGACACUACAAUUCUCGUGGUUUCCGCUACAGAUGCCGAUGUUGGAGUAAAUGCCCAAAUUACGUACUUUUUAAAUGACGAAACAGCAAAUGGUUUGGGUUCAAGUGAUCCUUUCACAAUUAAUCCACAAACUGGUGCCAUCACAACAAAUGCUCCUCUUGAUCGAGAAACAACGAGUGCUUAUCUGUUAACUGUUACUGCAAAAGAUGGCGGAAAUCCAUCACUUAGUGAUACAACAGAAAUUGAAAUUUUUGUCACAGAUGUCAAUGAUUCGCCUCCAACAUUCAAAGUUCCAUUGUAUCAAGCCUCAAUUUUGGAAGAUGCUUUGAUUGGAACUUCUGUUGCUCAACUUACCGCUUCUGAUGCUGAUCAAGGACUAAAUGGAAGAAUCCGUUACGAUUUGAGUCAAAAAGAUAAGGAAGACGGUUCAUUUGUUGUUGAUCCCGCUUCUGGAGUUAUUCGCACAAACAAAGCUCUCGAUCGUGAAAGUGUUGCUGUUUAUCAUUUACAAGCACUUGCUAUUGACAAAGGAACUCCUCCAUUAACGGGAACAAUUGAGGUUCAAGUACGCUUGGAAGACAUCAAUGACUCGCCUCCAUCGUUUGAAGCAGAGAAAAUAACAUUAUACGUUGCUGAAAACUCACCUGUUGGCUCUGUUGUUGGUGAAAUUUAUGCUCACGAUCCCGAUGAGGGAGUCAAUGCUGUUGUUCAGUACACGAUUCUCGAAUCUGAUGACUCAAAUCUAUUUUCUCUUGUGACAAAACCAGGUUCAGAUCGUGCUCAAUUACUCACAAUGACAGAAUUGGAUUACGAAUCGCCAAGAAAAAGGUUUGAAUUGCACGUAAGAGCUGCUAGCCCUCCAUUACGAAGUGAUGUAAUAGUUGAAGUGCUCGUAACGGAUGUUAAUGACAACGCUCCAAUCCUGCGGGACUUCCAAGUGAUCUUCAACAACUACAAAGAUCGCUUCCCAAGUGGAAUAAUUGGGCGUGUUCCUGCCUUCGAUGCGGAUGUAACUGAUAAACUUUAUUACAAAAUCCUCUCCGGAAACAAUGCAAACUUGAUAAAACUCAAUGCAACAACUGGCGGCAUCAGUUUAAGCCCACAACUGAAUACAAACGUCCCGAAACAUGCCACGAUGGAGAUUUCCGUUACGGAUGGCAUAAACGAAGUCAAGGCUAUUAUGCAACUUUCGGUUCGACUCGUGAACGAAGAUAUGUUGUUCAAUUCCGUAACUGUGCGAUUAGAUGAAAUGACGGAAGAGGCAUUUUUGUCACCGCUUCUCAACUUUUUCUUGGAUGGCUUGGCAGCAAUUAUCCCAUGUCCGAAAGAGAAUAUUUUCAUCUUUUCCAUUCAAGAUGAUGCUGACAUUAAUUCUCGCAUAUUGAACGUUAGUUUUAGUGCAAGACGUGCUGAUGUCUCGCAUGAAGAAUAUUACUCAUCGAACUUCUUGCAAGAACGAGUUUAUUUGAAUCGUGCCAUUUUAGCAAGACUUGCAACAGUUACCGUUCUUCCGUUCGACGACAACAUUUGUCUUCUCGAGCCUUGUUUAAAUUUCGAAAAAUGUUCGUCUGUACUGAAGUUUGGAAAUGCUUCUGGAUUCAUCCACAGUGACACAGUACUCUUCAGACCUAUUUAUCCUGUCAACAGUUUCGUUUGUUCCUGUCCUGAUGGCUUCACCGGCAGCAAAGCACAUUAUUUGUGUGACACCGAAGUGAAUUUGUGUUACUCCAACCCUUGUCAGAACGGAGGAACAUGCGUUCGACGUGAAGGAGGUUACACUUGCUUAUGUGAUCAGAGACACAGUGGCGAAAAUUGCGAAAAUCCAGCUAUUGAUACAUCAAAUUGUCAUCCUGAGAUCUGCGAUGGAGGCUAUUCUUGUGUUAGUGGCUUCCAUUAUCCAGCAUAUGGAGCUUCAUGUCCAUUAAAAGCACGUAGUUUUACGAAAAAUUCAUUCUUGACUUUUGAGAGCUUGAAACAGCGACAUCGCUUGAACAUUAGACUCAAAUUCGCGACAAUCCAAGAUAACGGGCUACUUCUCUACAACGGCAGAUUCAAUGACAAACACGAUUUUAUUGCCCUUGAAAUCAUCAAUGGUCACUUAACGUUCUCAUUUUCCUUGGGAGACAAGUUGCAAAGUGUUUCGGUGACACAAAAGCACAAAAUCAGUGAUGGUCAAUGGCAUACCGUGCAAGUGGAUUAUUUCAACAGAACAGCAACUGUCAUUGUUGAUAAUUGCGAUACGGCUUUAGCUGUUCCUGGCUAUGCGGAUUGUGCAAAUCAAACGCGUUUGAUGCUGGAUCGCAAAUGUGCCUCAUUGACUGAAACUUGUCAUCGAUUCUUGGAUCUCACAGGUCCCUUGCAAAUUGGCGGACUUCCUCGCAUUCCCGUGCAUUUCCAAAUCCAAUCGCAAGAUUAUGUGGGAUGCAUUAGCGACUUGCAAAUUGACCAGAAAAUGAUUGAUUUAAAUACUUUUGUCGCAGAUAACGGAACAAUUGCUGGAUGUCAUCAGAAAGCGUCGUUAUGCGAAUCGGAUCCAUGUUACAAUGGCGGAACGUGUCACGAAGGCUUUGGCGUUUAUCGGUGUGAAUGUCCCGAAGGCUUUAGUGGGCAUUCGUGUCAAGAAACAGUUCCAACGCCUUAUCGCUUUAACGGUGAUGGAAUUUUGUCAUUCAAUCCACUUUUACGCCCCAUUCAAAUUCCAUGGUACAACAGCUUGUCAGUUCGAACAAUUCAAAAAGACGCCUUUUUGAUGCAAGUUCAAAUCGGUCAAAAUAAUUCCGCGACACUUUCGAUCCGGAAUGGCAUGUUAUAUUACACGUACAAUAGUGAACCGAUGUUCCUCGCUGGCUCUUAUUUGUCCGAUGGCGAAUGGCAUCGUAUUGAAGUCAAAUGGUUGGGAAAUGAAAUCCAACUUUCGACAGAUUAUGGAGAACGACAAGCUUUUGUUUACGCUCCCGAUAAGAUUCAAGGCGUUUAUGUGGGAAAAAUCGUAAUUGGCGGUAUCGACGGUACAAUUGGCAAUUUAGAGCAGUAUGGUUACUUUGAGGGUUGCAUCCAAGAUAUACGAGUUGGAGGCCAACAAUCCAUCUUACAAAAGCCAACAAUACGCGAAAAUGUCUUGGAUGGUUGUAUUUCGCAAGCAGAAUGUCCCGAUGAAUGUCCUCAUAACUCGCGAUGCGUCACAAGCUGGGAUAAAGCGACUUGCGAAUGCAUUCACGGAUUUGUCGGACCAAAAUGUGUUCCGGUUUGUACUGUUAAACCAUGCGCUGAUGCCGGAACUUGUCGCGCCGACUCUUCCGAUCCAAAAGGUUAUCGCUGUGAAUGCAGCAGCGACUAUCACAGCGGCGAAUAUUGCGAAAUUUCCGUUGAAAGACCUUGUCCAACGGGAUGGUGGGGUGAACGUGAAUGCGGCCCAUGCAAAUGUAACUUGAAACAAGGCUACCAUCCAGAUUGCGACAAACAAACGGGUCAAUGUCGUUGUCGCGACAACCAUUAUCAACCAGUAAACGAAACUGCUUGUCUGCCAUGCGAUUGUUACAUUAUCGGCUCACUUACGGGACAAUGCGACAAACUGACAGGACAAUGUGAUUGUCGUGACGGCGUUAUUGGUCGUCGAUGUGACUCCUGUUCCAAUCCGUAUGCCGAAGUAACGCUCACCGGAUGCGAAGUUGUCUACGAUGCAUGUCCGAAAUCCUUUGCGGCGGGACUUUGGUGGCCCCGAACGAAUUACGGACAAUCCGCCAUUGAAAAUUGCCCGGGACCAGCGAAGGGAAAAGCGAUUCGAGUUUGUGAAACUGCAGCUGGAGGCUGGGAAGCUCCUGAUUUAUACAACUGCACAUCACAACCCUUCUUGGAAUUACGAAAACAACUUUCAGCAAUCGAAAAAUUGGAAUUAGAUAUUAACUCGUUUGUCUCAGUUAAAAUUGCUUCAGAUUUGCAACACGCCACACAAGAAGUUGGCAACGCAAAAGUUGAGGAAACGAAAGCAGCGAAAGAUAAAUAUGCCUUUGAGUCAUCUCACUUGAUGCGAAAUACAAUGUGGAGCGAAGAUUUCGACGUCAACUACUUAAAUGACGAAGUUAAGAUCCCACAAAGUCGAUUGUAUGGCGCUGAUAUUCUCGUCACAGAAGGACUUUUGCAGGAAAUUUUGAAUUACGAAAUCAUGCAAAGUGGUUUGAAUCUGUCGCAUAGUCAAGAUAAAUAUUUCAUCCGCAAUAUUGUCGAAAGUGCUUCGAUUAUUUUGGACAAAAAAUACCAACCAGAGUGGAAACGAUUGUCAGAUCUUACCCAACGUGGCUCCGAUGAUCUCAUCGAUGCCUUCGGAAAAUAUCUCACAGUUCUGGCAAGUUAUCAACAUGACACUUACACCAAUCCCUUUGAAAUUGUGCAUGAAAAUAUGGCUUUCGGACUCGAUGUUGUGACAUCUGAAUCACUUUUUGGCUAUGAACCUCAUCAAUUGAACGAGUAUCAUCGACAUAGCAAAGGAAAUCAAUACACGACCGAAAGUGUCAUUUUACCCGACACAAGUGCAUUUUUAACACAUUCCUCUAAACAACGAGUUCCAACAAUUGCAUUCCCAAAAUACAACAAUUACAUCAUGGACAAACGUAAAUUCGAUAAACACACAAAAGUUCAAAUCCCGCUUGAUAUGUUGGGAAUUACGCCACCCGAAUCGAACGAAGUGUCGCAUGGAUCUUCUUCGCGAGCGAAGGAUCAUCGUGCAAUCGUUGGUUAUGCUCAGUACAAAGACGCAGGAGUCUUGUUCCCACAAGCUUUUGACGAAACCAUCACUCGUCGGUAUGGCGUCGAUAUCGAAGUUGCUACUCCCGUACUGUCUUUGGCGAUUUUGGUGCCAUCGGAUGCCAUUAAAAAUCCGUCACAAAAGUUCGAACGUAUGAGGGAGAUGCCAACAACGCCGCCUACGACAACAACAACAACUACAACAACCCAAAAAUAUCCUCUGGGCAUCCAAAUUUCAGCUCAUGAUCAUGUCGAUACUUUCGGUAGCAGCAGCGAAGAAACAAUUGGAACAUUUGCGCAUCUCGGAGACACGUACGACUUCCCUCCAAACAUCGAUCGGAAGGCAGAUUUACUUGAAAGCACGCGAAAAAUCACGAAACGCGACAUUUCGAACGACGUGGAUCAAAUUUCAUCGGAAUCGCAACCAGUGGUUUACCGUUCCUUAGGAUCGCCGUACUUGUCGCAACCGAUAAAGCUCCAGAUGUGGCUCAAUAUCGACAAAAAUCAGUUCAACUCGAGAUCGAAUCCGCAAUGCGUUCGUUGGAACACUUUUAUGAACAUGUGGACUCGCAUCGGAUGUCAAACCCAAACGCCAGAUUAUGAAAAUCUCUCUUACGACGAGCCGAUUUUGAUUAAUUGCACGUGCACGCACAUUUCCAGCUACGCCGUUAUAGUUGAUGUCAUCGAUCCUGAAGAUAUUCCCGAGCCAUCGUUAUUUGUACAAAUCACGUCUUAUUCGGCGUUUUUGAUUUCGCUGCCAAUUCUCUUCGGAGUCAUCAUUGCGUUGGCUUUGCUGAGAGGAAUGCAGACAAAUUCCAACACAAUUCAUCAGAAUCUCGUUUUUUGUCUGUUUAUCGCCGAAUUGCUGUUCUUUGUGGGCAUGCAAGCAAGAAGGGAGUUGAUCGAUAACGAAUUUAGUUGUAAAUUGGUGGCUAUUGGGCUGCAUUACGCUUGGUUAGCGGCAUUUGCGUGGAUGACAGUUGAUUGUGUGCAUUUGUACAGGAUGCUGACUGAGAUGCGAGACAUCAAUCAUGGACCAAUGGGAUUCUAUUUCACGUUGGGAUAUGGAGGACCGGCACUUAUUUGUGGCUUGUCCGUUGGCGUUCGAGUGCAUGAAUACGGAAAUAAUCUAUUUUGCUGGUUAUCUGUCUAUGAAAACGUCGUUUGGUGGCUCGUUGGACCAAUUGCUGUCAUGUCAGUGUUUAACUUGCUCAUCCUCUUCGUCUCCGUCAAAGCUGCUUUCACCCUCAAAGAACACGUGCUUGGAUUCGGAAACCUCCGUACUUUACUCUGGCUUUCUGUCGUCUCGUUGCCUCUAAUUGGCUUAAUGUGGGUUCUUCAAGUCCUCACCGCUUCGGAAAAUUCGCAACUUUUGAACAUCUUACUGUCCGUUGUCGUCGUAAUUCAUGCCAUUUUCUGCUUGAUCGGAUAUUGCAUCAUCAACAAGCGCGUUCGUGAGAAUUUGCGACACACCGCCCUCAAAUGCAUGGGACGAAAAGUUCCCUUAUUGGAAUCUUCUGUCGCGAUUAGCAACAGUUCUCAAAACAUCGCACCCCGAACGCCUGGAUUCUCGGGUUACGAAACGAACAGACGAAAUAUGGGAAUAAGUGCUUCGAGUACGACAUCUCGCAGUACCGCAAAAACCAGUUCGAGUCCUUACAGCGACGGACAAAUGCGGCAUACCUCAACGUCGACCUCAAAUUACAAUUCUGACACUUAUGUGCGUGGAUAUCAAGCUGCCGGAGGUGCCAGUGGACGUAGUAAGAAGAAGCAUCGUGGCGGAAAGGAAAGUGAUUCUGACUCGGAACACGAUAAUCGAAGUUUGGAAUUGGCGUCGAGUCAUUCUUCCGACGAUGAAGAGUCGAAAGUCGGGCGUUCGAGCAUCGGAACUGUCACAAAUUCGUAUCUGCCGAAUAUUGCGGAGCAUGUUGCAACGACGCCGCCUGAAUUGAAUGUCGUGCAAAGCCCGCAACUCUUCCCGAACAUCAAACCCGUCAUUUACGGGUCACGUUGGUCUAGUCAAGCGCCGGAAUCGUUCCUGCCGGGCCCAAAUCCCGGAAGAUGGUCCCAAGAAACGACUUCGGACGCCGAAAUGCACUCGCAAAAGACAAGUUCGCCCAAUCCGCUGCCGAAUCCAGAUCUCACCGACACGGCUUACCUGCAAAAUCGCUUGCACAUGCCGCCUUCCUUGCUCGAAAACAUCCAAGAGAACUACAAUACGAACGGAUUGGCAUCUCCGCCGCCGCAACAACAACCGCCAAUGCAAUACGACAACGAUCCGCGUUACGAUCCGUUGUACGGACGAAAGAAAGAUUAUCAGGACAACUACAGGGAAUACGACGUGAAUUAUCAUCCGACACAAGCAGGUGCCACGGAACGUGCCUACAUGUCGGGCAGCGAGCGAGAUUAUGGAAAUACUCACACGAUAAAUCACAUGCAGCAACAACCGCAUCCGUAUCACAGCCAAACGAUCUACGACAAACAGCACAUUUACUUGGGCGGCGGCAAAAUUAGCUCGCCUUACAUGUCAAAAGAGCAUUUAAUUGCCGAAACGUACAGUCCCCGGGCUCUUCGGAACGAAAUGGCGUACAAUGAGAAUGGACCGCAUCACAGUGUGUCGUCAUUAUUGAAGAAUGAUUAUCACACUCGUCACGUCGAUUACCACUCCGAUCGCAUGUCAGAAGGGUCCGAAGGCAAAAACGGCUAUAAUUUCCCCUACACUGCCGAAGAAGAUCAUCUCACGCAUCCACAUACGAUGCCACGUGCAUUGCCACAUCACAUUUCCACCGACAUGAAUAAUCCAAUGGGAUCGAGAAAUGGUUCGAGAACAUCGACGCCACCAAAUGUGGGCGCAGUGCCAUCAAUGCAAGCGUUAACGAGCAUCGCAGACACAAGCGAGUGGUGUUGGACGAGAAUUAAUACGAAUAAUAUGAAAGGCAUUGACUUGGAUGCUGAGACCACCGUUUAGACCUUGUCGUCGACUAAUCGAGACAACCAACAGACCA